UGACAGCGUUCAUUUUCAAGUUUGGUCAGUGAGAGGCAAAAGUUUGGUAAAAAACCGUGAAAUUUCCCCACAUUUCCGGCCAAAACUCCGAUGGAAACUAGUGAAAACGAUGUGCCGGAAGUGGACGCAGCCCAGAAACCUGCAGUCGCGGCGGAACACGCGAUAUCGGACGUAGAAAUGGCGAUUAACGAAGAGGCUCCGGCGGUAUCCAUGGUACAACCACAGCAACCUCAGCAGCUGCUCCAUCAGUCGAAAACGGAAGGAGUUCCGGCGCUGAUGGCCAUCGACGUGGGCAUGCCGGUUUCCAUGGCUAACGACAUCGGGGGGAAGGUGCCACUGCUGGCGAAUCCUCCGUCGCUGUUGAAGAUGCCGCCGGGGGGAGCGGUCCGGAUGCAGCUUGGGAAUCCUGUCCCACUGUUGGCCACUCCGGCGGCGGCUCCGGCGCAGGAACUGUGGGUUGAAACGAAAACGGCGGAGGGCAAGUCGUAUUACUACCACGCGAUUAGUAGGGAGACGACGUGGACCCGGCCGGAGGGAUUGAACGUUCAGGUUAUGACUCAGGCGGAAGUUGAGGCCAUGAAUAAGCAGCAGGCAGCGGCGGCGGCGGCUGCGGCGACAGUGGCUCCGGUUCAGCAGAAGCCGGAAAUUCCCUCGCUCGCGUCGGUCGUCUCGCAAAUGCAAGCUAACGGAACGCCCCCUGCGUUGGCCUCUUCGGUGCCGCGCUUUUCGGGACCGCCGCCCGGUUUUGGGAUGGGUUCGAUGCCACCGUUCGGAAUGCCCCCGCCGAACUUUUCCAAUUUCCCACCUUGGAAUGCUGCUGCGGCGGCGGCUGCAGCAGCUGCUUCCGGGGCUGGCCAGUGGCCACCGGCACCGUCUCCGCUGAUGGAUCCCGCGAAAGCGAUUGCCGAGAUUAAAAUCACGGAAAUUGAUCCGGCAGUGGCGGCGAAGGCGUCCGAGUGGACCGAACACAAAGCUCCGGAUGGCAGGCCGUACUACUACAACGCGUCCAAGGGCGAGAGUGUUUGGGAGAAGCCGCAGGCCAUCAAGGACAUGGAGAUGGCCAAACUAGCCGUUUACAACGCUCGCCAGAAGCCAAAGGUUAUCCCACCGUUCAUCGCUCCGCCAAUUCCGCCCCAGAUGCCAAUCAUUCCUCCACUGCAAGGAGCACCGCAGAUGGGUGGAGGCGUCAAGAUUCAGCAGUUCCCACCGCAAAUGGCCGGCGCGGCCGCUCCCAUUCGUCUGCAACAGAUCGGAGGCGCUCCGGGCAUGGUCUUUGACCAGUUGAACCAGUUCAUGGCCAAGGCCGGCGAAAAGCAGGAGGACGAAAAGAAGAAAAAGGCCGAAGCGGAAAAGAAGAAAAAAGAGGAAGAGGAAAAAGCGAAAGCGGCCAAACCGCUGGACAAGAGUCGUCCGAUUUCCAGCACCCCGAUCAGCGGAACGCCCUGGUGCGUCGUGUGGACCGGCGACGGGCGCGUCUUCUUCUACAACCCAUCGUCGCGGACCUCCGUCUGGGAACGUCCAGAUGAUCUCCGCGAGCGUGCCGACGUGGACAAAGCCAUCUCCGUUCCGCCCCAGCAGCUGCUCGGAAAUGUCCCCGCCAAGGAGCUACCCACCGAAGUGGCCACCACCGCCGCCGCCUCCUCUGCCGUCUCCGCCGCAGCGCAAAGCUCGAAAACAACCGCGAUCGCGAUGGACGUCGUCGAGAAGCAGUCCGAGUCGGAAUCCAGCACCGACGAGGUCGAAGAAGUGCCCAGCAAAAAGUUCAAAACCGACGUCGAAGCGGCCAUCAAAACGGCCGCAUCGGCUUCGAAGGGCGGAAACGAUCCGGAAAAGGAGGCCCUCGCCAUGGAAGCCGAAGCGCGUGCCUCGCGUGAGCGCGCCCUUGUGCCGCUGGACGUGCGCAUGAAGUCCUUCAAGGAGAUGCUGAAGGAGAAGGAAGUGUCCGCGUUCAGCACCUGGGAAAAGGAGCUGCACAAGAUCGUGUUCGACCCGCGCUACCUGCUGCUCACAUCGAAGGAGCGCAAACAGGUGUUUGAAAAGUACGUCAAGGAUCGCGCCGAAGAGGAGCGCAAGGAGAAGAAAAACAAGAUGAAGAUGAAGCGCGAAGAGUACCGAUCGCUGCUGGAGGCGGUCAACCUGCACGGAAAAUCUUCGUUCAGUGAGUUUGCCCAAAGGUACGGCAAGGACGACCGCUUCAAGGUGAUUGAGAAGAUCCGCGAGCGGGAAAGUCUCUUCAACGAGUUCAUCGUGGAGGUGCGGAAGCGCGAAAAGGAGGACAAGCAGAACCGCCGGGAGCAGAUUCGCAAAGACUUCCUGGGGAUGCUGCGCGAGCGAAGCGAAAUUACGCGUCACAGCCGCUUCCACGAUGUGCGCAAGCGGCUGGAGUCGGACAGCCGAUACCGGGCCAUUUCGGACCCUGCCGUACGUGAAGACCUCUUCGAGGAACACAUCAAGAUCCUCAAGGACGAGAAGAAGCGCGCCAAGGACAAGGAUCGCAAGAAGCGGGACAAGCGAUCGAGCGAUCGGCGCGGAUCGUCCACGGAUCGGAUCGAGUACGCGGGUCUCGAUGAGGAGGACGGCGAGCGAGCGCCGACGUCGGACGACGAAGCCGAGCGGCAGCAGAAGGAGCGCGAGAGAAGACUCCGCGCCGAGGCAAGUAUUAAAGAGCGUGAGAAAGAAGUCCAGCGUACGCUGGCGACCCACCUUAGGGAUCGGGACAAGGAGCGGCAGCACCACCAGCGGGACGAGGCGAUUCGUCACUUCAACGCACUGCUAGCGGAUCUGGUACGGAACGCCGAGCUCACCUGGAAGGAGGUCAAGAAGCAGCUGAAGAAGGAUCACCGCUGGGAGCUGGUCGAGCUGCUUGAUCGCGAGGAUCGUGAGGGACUGUUCAACGACCACAUCAGCAACCUGGUGAAGAAAAAGCGUGACAAGUUCCGCGAAAUGCUGGACGAAAUCUCUUCACUCGAGUUGACAACCCAAUGGAAGGACAUCAAAAAGGUCAUUCGGGAGGAUCCCCGUUACCUGAAGUACAACAGCAGCGAACGGUGCGAGCGCGAGUUCCGCGAGUACCUCAAGGACAAGGCGAUGAACGCGAAGCUGUCGUUCCGCGAGCUGCUGCACGAGUGCAAGUUCAUCACCCACAAGAGCUGGGACACGUACCGGGAGAACCUGAACCACCUGCGCGAGAUCGAGGACAUCCUGCGCAACGACAAGCGCUACCUGGUGCUGAGCCACAUGCAUGCCGAGCGCUCGCAGAUGAUCCUGGGCUACCUGGAGGAUCUGCACAAGCGCGGGCCGCCGCCGCCGCCGACGGCCAGCGAGUCGUCCCGGCGGAAGUGAGCGUAAGUUGUUCCAAUUGCCCGAUAUACCUUCAUUCUUUGACCUAUAUAGUAACACGGCGUUGACUCAGCGCGCAGGUAGUUGGCACGUAAUCGAUAGUAUAACUCACACGUUUUUCUUUCUCUCGUCUUAAGCAUUAAUCUAAAUAUUACGUCGGUAUAGCGUUAAGCUCUUGAUCCGGACACCACAGGCGAAAAUGUGUAUUGUGUAGCGAGAUAUUGAAUAGAGGCGCACCAGUCAAUGGUUUAAACUGUGUGAACAAA